CUUUGAGUCAGAAGUAUAACGUUACUCUCUCCUCCCGCUCUUCACAGUACUUCCCGAAGCCCAGGUCAUUCACAACAAGCAACAUGGCGCCUAGGAAAGGCGGAGGCGAAAUGUCCAAGAAAGCUGCCGGUCAGGCCCGCAAGGCCGAUGCCGCUGCUCAGAAACAGGCAGCAAAGGUCAAGCAAGCUGAGGAGGAGGAGGCCAAGGAGUGGCAGAAGGGUUCAAAGUCUACUGCUAAGGCCGAAGCAGCGGCUGCUAAAGCAGCGGAAGCAGCCCGAAAGAAGGCGGAGAAGGAGGCUCUGCUUCGCGAAGAAGAAGCCUCUCUCCCAACCAAGGCAAAGGGGUCUGGCGCAAAGACCGCCCAGAAGAAGAAUCGCGGCAUCGACUCUGCCCUGACCUCAUUCAAUACACCCACAACCCUAAAUGCCACUGGCAUUGAUAAUGCGCUUGACGCGCUCAGCCUCACAGGCGACAGUAAAGAAAAGAUUGAUCGGCACCCCGAGAGGAGGUUUAAGGCUGCUUACGCGCAAUACGAAGAGCAGAGGCUUGAAGAGAUGAAGGACGAAAAGGGACUCAGAAGGCAGCAGAAGAUCGACCAGAUCCGGAAAGAGUUUGAAAAACACCCUGACAAUCCGUUCAACCAAGUGUCCGCAACUUACAACGCAUCGAAGGAAGAGUUAGCAGCGAUGGCAGAAGCAGAACGGAUCAAGAAGGAAAAGAGGCUAGGUAGCCCAACAUAGAGUGAUGCUAGGCCUCUGGGUGUUUUGCAUUCGUCUACAGCGAGACAUGAGUGGGUGUUUCUGGGGUUGGAACUUGGUUUAGACACCUUCUUUGAUGGGUACGUUCUAGGACUGCGGAGCAGCUAAUUCAAUAGGAAGCGUGCAUGAAUUUGGUCUUCAGGCUUAGUCUCUGGAAAUGCACAUAGAGUUUUUGCG